GCGGUAACAGUGCACGAAGGAAGAUGGGAAGCAGGUGGUGCGUGCGGUGUGAGCGCUGGCAGGCGAUCUUGAGUGGCGCAGAAGGGGAUGGAGAUGGAGUGCGCGGUGAGCCGUCACAGGGCACGUCGGCCUACGCGGCUGAGCUGAGACAGUGCCAGCAAGCUGUGGACGCACCCCAGGAGAAGUGGAAGGUGCAGCUUGGCGCCAUUCGCAAGUUGGCGGCCCAUUUGAAGCGCCGGAAGACGUGGCCGUGUGAGAACGCCAGCGAUAGCCUGGAUCUGCGCAAGGUGUGCGACAUCCUGGUGUCCAUGGCGCUGUUGCCGCACAGCAGCUCCGAUCUCCAAAAUGCUGCCGUCAGUGCCUUGCGAACGCUGAGCGAGAAAGCGCCGUCGACCGUCGAAGAAGUUCUGAUGACACACAUCCGUGCCUUGCUGGACGCCAGUGGCGCUGAGCCCACACAUGCAUCGAGCACGUCUGAAGACUGGAGGUGGUGGUAUGGGGUGCGCGGUAUGGUGCAGCUCUCUGUGGCCCAGAUCCCUUCUUCCCAGCAGACCACAACUUGGCUCAAGUACCAUUUCCAAGCAUUCAGCACCCUCUUCCAGAACUGGCCCUUGGGUCAAGCGUGUGUGGAGGGUGUAAGCGCUGCCGUGAUGCUGCAUAGCCAUAACCUCUUGCAGCAGUUUGCACUACUGGACAACGCAUCAGCGCCAUCAGCGCUCUCAUCACCCCAGCCCGUCCCCGACCACCACAGCAUGAUGGUCUGCAUGAUGGAAGGGCUUGCCAAGACGCUGUCACGCCUACAGCCCUCCAUCCUUCGCUCGGCACCUGUAGACAACACUUCGAGUGGUGCUGGCGGUGAUGACCGUGCGGCGGAUGCGGUUGAGGGUCAAGAUAGUGACGACAUGUCACAACCAUCAACUGUUGCGGCCGCAUCGCUGUUGAAGCAUCGCCUCUCACAGCUGCUCCUCGCCACGGAAACACAAUCCAUCACGGACAUGAAAGCGCUGCAGAGCGCUGCCCUUGCCCUCGUCCAAACGAUCGUUAUCACGUGCCAUCUCCACAGCAGCGGUGGUGUUCGCGCAUAUGAUCAGCAGCAGGGCAGCGAGUGCGGCGACGUUGCCCUGUGCGGUGCAGAGGUGUGGCUGGAGGAGUGGGCACGCACGCACGCGCACGCGUUGCCGCUCGGCGAGCAGCACAUUGGUGCGCGCAAUGGCAAUGAGACCCGUGCUGACGGCGACUGUCGCAAUGUCAUGCAGCCCGUGACACCAGCGACAAUGCUUGCGCUCUGGCGUGCCAUGCUGCAGACGGAUGCAUGUGUGCGCCUUCUCCUCGUGCAUUUUCCGCGCGUGUUCUUCCCCACCGGCCUCUCAUUUGCUGCACAUGUGUGCACCGCUGCUGACGACCUGCACACGCCCCGCUUCGCCAUGGAAUGCCUCGACACCUGGCUCAAGACAGCAGCCAAGCUUGUCACAUCAGCUUCGCCGCUGCUUCCGUCGCUGCCUGCGGACUCGAUUGUGCGCACGUGCGCGGACGUCGUCUUGCAUCACGUGGAUGACCCGCUCGACAAGACGCGACACCAGGUUCGCGAUCUGUUUGAGAGCAUCAUCGCAUUCUCAAAUGCAACGCAGACGCCUGAAGAGCGCAGUGCGGUGCACCGCAUGGUCCUACAGCGACUGAAGCGGCUGCCGUGGACAGCGAGGGGCAAAUACCCGUGCCUGCAGCAACUCUCCCGAAGCAUCGGCGUCGGUGCGGUGCUGGACGCCUGGCCAGAUCUCGCCCCGCGCCUCCUCGCAGCAAUGGCACUCGAGGCCACGGCGAAGCCAGCCCACACGCUGUUUGUUGACCUCGCUGUGCGUCACCGUGACGAGUGCUCUGUGCGUGCAAUCAACACGCGCGCAAAAGCCAACACCAAGACGACGACAGCUGCAGCAAAAGAUACAGCGCCUUCACCAGCACCAUCCACAUCCACCACUGCAGCGGACAAAACCGCCACCCCGUUUGAGGUGUGGGCGAACCGAUGGCUGCGUCCAGCCGUGCACGCGCUGACCACUGGAAGCGAUUUCCUGCGCAAAACGCUGCUUGAGCUGACGAUUCCAAAACUCUUUGCUGUUGACCGCCAAUGCGUUCUGUUUGCCAUCCGCACCCUCCGCUCCCCAGCACAUCACUCGUCGAGCGCGCUGCUUGCGCUGACGUCACUGCUGCGUCAUUCCCGCGCCGCCGGACUCAUUGACCACCUGCCCUCGUCCUGGACCCAACACGACGCGGGCGACCACGACCACGUGUUUGCGCAGCCCCUUCAACUGAACGACGAUACAGAGCUCGGCGGAAUCGGGCGCAUCACCUCCGAACUGCCAGAGCACUUUGACGACGGCAGCCACAAUCAUGAUGCAGACCACGAUGACAGCGAUGACCAUGAGGAUCACGGUGAUGGCGAUGAGGGCGCAGUUAUUCACCCGACCCUAAUUCAGGUUGCAUUGGCUCACGCCAGCGCAGAGAUUCGCGCAAACGCGCUUGCAUUCCUGUGUGAAGCGCGAAAGACCAAGACCGUCCCGUCUUCGUUUGAAUUACGCGGCGUGCAGUUUUUCUUGGAAUGGAACAAGCUCGUGUCCUCAUCAGAGCGGAAAGGCGUGGAGCGCAGCCUUCGCAAGCUGCUGUCCAGGCUGCAAUCGGUGUACGGGUCGAAGAAGACGAAAUCAUCGGUUGCAGAUGACGCGGACGGCCGCGCUGUCAUCUCCUCGUGUUCGAUGUUCAUCACCUGGCUCUGGCACUUUGCCUUUCAGCUCAUGGCCCCGCACGAGCCCUUUCAGACGCGUGCACUCGGCCAGGCCCUGCUUGACCAGCUGCUGUCGUGCCUGCCGCCAGCAGCCGUGCGCCACGUGCUUGCACGCACGCCAACCGCCACAGCGGCAGCACGUACCAACAACGGGAAGCAGGACGACUGGACAACUCUUCCGCUCACUUGCUCGGAGCGGCGCACCCUGACGCAAUCCAUGCUUGACCGUUAUGAAAUCAACCGGCUUGGGGCGUUCAAUCUCCUGGCAACGUUUGGCGCUGCGCCCGUGGCAUUGCGCGACUACUUCCUCCCAUCACCACCAUCACCACCACCAUCACCUGCACCUGCUGUUGACGGGUGCAACAAUGAUGACGACAACGGUGACAACGAUGACCACGGUGAUCGUGAUGAUAGCUGUGGUGUUGAUGAUGAUGGUGGUCGUGAUGGUGGCAAUGCGAAAGAGGGCAAGAAGCAGGAAUGCGGGCAUACCCUAAAGUGGCUCCAGGAGCACAGCGCUCGCAUCAAUCACAUCAACACCCACUUUGCUGCCUUGGUGCAAGCCCUGAGCUACGCCCAGUUCCUGAAUUGCGCCAUCCCUCCCUUUGCUCGCAUUGACAAGAUGUUUGGCACGCUGCUGGCUGCCAGCAAUGGCCGUGUCCUGGACACCACCGGCUCCGACGACAAAGCACCGGCGGUUGUUGCGGGGAACACACUGGAAGACCGAUCGACAGCAGCAGCAGAGGCGGUGCAGUUCAUGCUUGCUGGUGACACAGCGACGCAGACGCGUGCACGCCACGUUCUCUGGCUCAUCAACCAGCUGCACGCAAAGGUUGAUCAGUGUGGCCCGUCCCGCAUGGUUGCGUUGCACGGCACCAUGGAAACCAUUCGCCACCUGCUCAUCAUUGAGCCGUUCGUGGACACGUCCAACAGCCAUGGCGCAACCAAUCAACAACACAUGCUGUGGUCGUCACUGAUGCUCAUGCUGUGGCAGGAGUUGCGACGUGUUGUUGCCUUCACCAUGCCCACCGUCGCGGCCUCUGCUCCCGAAGGGUUCUCCGGUGAUGGCGAUGGUGAUGACUUGUCUGCCUCGUCAUCUGAGGCCUUGGACCAGGACAUGGGGGCAAAAGUGCACCUGGUGUGCUGCUGGCGGGCCAUGCGAGAAGUGGCCUUCAUCACUGCGCUUCUUGUCCUUCGCUUCCCCUUUGCGCCCGCUGCCUCAACAACAAUUACUCCCACGCACGCGCAGACAAGUGGCGACAUGACGGGCGGCGGUGCGCUGCGGCUGACGUGGGCUGAUGCGCUGUGCAUGGGCCAGCAACUGUACACGGGUCUGCUGCAGAGCCGUCACCGCGGUGUUGUCGAGGUCAUGUCAUCCUCCUUCCAGGCCAUCUGCUCAAGGCUGUGGAUCCAUUUUCCUGAUCACCUGAGUGGAUGGUUGGAAGAUGCCAUGUGUUCGAUCCGCAAUGCCGAUCGUGACAGCAUCACGCGUCGCAGCGCCGGGUUCCCGCUCGUCGUGCUGUCCAUCCUUCGCUCAGCGCCCAGCGCACGCCGCAGCCGCCUCGUGCACAGGGGCGUGGAUGCCCUGCUGCGCAUUGCCUGCAGGCAAGGAGACACAGAGCAGGCCCCGCGCGGCGACUGGCGCGGUGACGCCGUCCCCAAUGAUGAGGAACGAGGUGGCGAUGAUGCUUCUGAUGCUGCGAAGACCACGACCACCACACACGACGCUGCUGAGGGGGAUGAGGAGGAGGAUGGAGACAUGCAUGUGGUUGGGCACCGGAGCAACGCUGCGGUGGUGCAUGCAUACAACGUGCUGCGCGCCAUCAUGCGUGAUGAAAGCAUGAGCAAGCACAGCAGCAGCGGAACCGCGCGCGCAUAUGCGCUGGCGCUGGACGGGUUUGUGUCGCCCGUGUUUGCUGUGCGCAAUGCGGCCAUGAUGCUGUUCAGCUCGCUGCAGACGCGGCUGCUGGGCACCAACGGCGCGCCGUCGUCGGCAUCGUCGGCGCCUCUGCUGUCGAGCAGCGGUGAUGGCGGCGGAUGGGCCGGCCCAGCAUACAUGGACACACUCGCAGCCCUGCAGAGCAGACGGCAGCGCGAGGAGGACACGCGUCACGCGCCAACAUCUGAUAUUGUACCUGGGGAUGCACAUUCAACAGCAACUGCAACACCUGUGGCUCCGCCCAAGGUCGCGCCAGCAUCGGCCGGCCGUGUGCUGACGCUUUGGUCGAUUCUGUCGUCCAACCCCGGCCUGGCAGAUCUUAUUCUCGGCGCACUGCAGCCGCAACAGCGACAGCAGCAGCAAGUGGCGGAGGAGGACAAGGGACAGGAGAAGGGGGUGGAAGGUGAAGCCGAGCAAGGCAAAGAGGAAGAGGAAACCGUAACCAAAUCGACGCAAGAGGCCAGGGAUGGUGGUCAAGGCGAGGAGACGCAACCAAAGAAGGGUCAAAGCAAGAUUGAGAAAGAGCCCCAUGUCGACGCUGCUGUUGGUGCUGCGACCUCGUCUGUGUGCGGCACCGCCACCAAGCGUGCGUAUCUGUCGCUGGUGUUUCUCUCUGGACUGGACAAUCGCGCCGCCGUUGCCGAUGGCGAUGUCACGAGCAAAGACGGGCAGCUGGCACUGCGCGUCACGGCGCUCCUUCGGCUGUGGGCCGCGUCUCCAGAUGCCCGCGUGCGCCGCCUUGCAUCCCGCGCCGCAUGCGCCGUCGUGCCCGCCACGCUCGCUGGCACCGUGAUCCGCGAACUCGUGACACAGCUUUCCAGAAUAGCGGCACCACCUACAAGUGAUGCAUGCACCAGCGCUGUGGACAGCGCCUCAAACAGCGAAACGUCGCCAAGCAACAGCAGCAGCACCGCUACUGCCACGACGUCAGCUACCCUCACGGCGCAGGCGAUGACGACACCGCGACAGACGCCGCUGUCCUUCAAUGCCGUACACGGACUGCUUCUCCAACUCUCACGCCUCAUCCGCACGCACGCAGCUGUUGUUGAUGUGUUUGAGCUCACGCGCGUCUGCUGCUCGCCGUCAUGGACGCGUGCGCUUGUGCCGACAACAAACACGUCGCUGUGGGUGCCGUGGGUGGUGCAGGCAGAGUACUGGUGCGUGGUGUCGGCGCUGGUGUGCGAGGUGCACAGGCGCAGCCGGGACCCGCAGCAGCUGUACGAUGCUGCUGCUGUUGGGCAGCUCAGGGCGGUAAGGCCGCACGUGCUUCACGCGUUUACGGCAGCCAAGAGGCAAGUGACGGCGGUUCUCAGCGCAGGGGAUACCAGAACGUCCGCUGUUGCUUCUGUUGGCGCUGUGGCUGUACCGCAGCACACGGAGCCUGGUGCCGCGAGAUUCAAACGGGCCGUGACGCGGGCGCUGCUGGAGACGCAGCGCUUGCUGUGCGGCCCAAUGCAGGCUGUUGCGGGCGCCACCGACAUUGCCGCUGACAGCACUGAAGCUGGAACCCAGAGAGUGGGAGACAGUGGACGUGAGCAUGGGCGUAACAACGGCACCACCCACAACGGCGGACACAGCGGAGACACAGCCGUAGAUGUGAGCGCUGUCAGCAACACGGUAGAUGCCAUUGAUGACGUGUCCGUACCGGGACUCGCGAAGAUGCUGGAGGACACGGACAUGGCAGUUGGUGCUCUGCGGUUCUACUCGUACGGCGGCAUGGGACUGCUGUCUCGCCCUGCAUUCGCUGCUGCGGCACAGGUGCUGUGGCAGCAGGCCUACCCGCAACACCGCGCCCCGAGUAGCACAGCAUCUGCCCCAUCUGCAGACGAUCAACUGCGUGGCCCGGACGCAACGGCCGCGCUGCUGUCCGCGUUGCAGAAGCACUUGGUGACGGCAUCUGGGAGAAGUGCCGAUGGUGGUGCUGCUUGCAGUGAUGCUGGUGUGCUUGGCCGAGUGCUGAGUGCCUGCAGGCAGCUGGUGAAGAGCCCCUUGGACGAGGUGCGGCUCGGCGCCGUGGCGCUGGCAGGAUGCGUGGUGACCCAGUUGUGCCGCCUGCACCAGUGCGACCACGACGUUGUGGGCCUGUAUAUGGCGGCACUCGCGCCCUUCACGACAGAUCUGCCAGACCCGAACGUGGCGUGUGCGGUGCUGUGUGGGCUUGAUGCGCUGCCACUCGUGCUGCGGCAGUGGCAGAUGUGGCCGGCGGUUCGCCGCACGGAACUCGGCGCACGGCAGGUGCUGAGCGGGUUUGCGACCCUGCUGCAUCUUCUCUUCCACGAGGAGCCCGAUGUCGCUGCACACGCCGCCGCCCUCGUCCGCGCGUGCUGGAUGCGCUGCUGCCGUCGUGUUGCUGGUGACAGUGGCCAUGAUGGUCGUGGUGGCGGCAGCAGCGGCGCUGGCAUGGUGGGCGGGCACGAUCACCACCAGCUCAGCGCUGUGGCGUCGGCGUCGCGGCUGCUGGUGCUGUGCGAUGUGGCGGUUGGGCGCUUCGAGUCGCUCGUGCCCCGCCUCUACCUGGCCCGCGCCCUGGCCACAUAUGUGCAGGAAGAGUGCGUGGCGAGCGGGCUACGAGACGCCAUGGCGCAGCGGUUGCAGGCUGUACGGAGCGACAAGAUACCAGGAGGCGAUGGCGGUGAUGUGGGAGAUGGGGCGCAAGGCCUGCUGUUCAUGCACAACGAAGCGCUGCCGCUGUUCCCUGUUGUGGACGUGCUGGCGCUGUGUCUGCGUGGAGUCGAGGAGGACAUUGAGGGAAGUGAUGCGACGCAGGCUGCAGCGCUGCGACAGCAGGUGGCGGCGUUGUGGCGCUCGUUUGAUGCAACGCCACCGGUACCGGCGGAAGCUGUAUCCGACGUCACGGACGCCACAGGUGCACCAACAACGACAACAGCGACGACGAGAGCAUCGUGGGUGUGGGGUGGUGUUGGGGAUGCUGGUGCUGGUGCUGGUGAUGAUGAUGAUGAUGAUGAUGAUCGUGGUGACGGCGCAGCAACUCGUGUUGUGCAGGGAGAGGUGCCACUGGAUGUUGUGGUUGAGAUGAGCGUGCAGCGCGUUGACGAGAUGUCGGUUGGAGGCCGCCACUGGCCCAUCGUGUGCCGCUGCCGCAAACUCUUGCACCAAGUGCUUCAGGAAUAGCUCUCUUUGUGUGUCUGCGUAGUUGUGUGUGUCUUGUGUAAUGGUGUGUGUGUGUGUGUGUGUGUCUGCACAGUGAAUGAAGGAUAG